AGAAUGUAUUUGAUUUCAACAAUCAAAGUUUCUUAGUAAAAGAAAUUAAUGGUUCACCUCGGUCGUAAGUCGAGGUGUCUUGUGUGUAUGUUAUAAAGCUUAAAUCAAAUUAUUAGACCCUGGCCAAAGUAAGUAGGGAUUCGUUUGUAUAAAAUUCGGAAGUAAAACCAAUAUUGAAGCGUGUCAAUGAAUUUGAUGAAUUAAUGUCUUCUUGCUAGGAUAUGAAAAGCACGAACGAAGAUUAAUGACCUAUACCAAGGUAGCAUAAUGGCCAGUGAUGACAGGAAUGAGGAAAAGGCAAAAUAUGGCUGUCUGAUUUUUCGGCCGAGUUGUCUGCAGUUCUUUAAUUCUAUACGAUGGCAUGUAUUCUGGCAUUGUGCCUUCUCCUUCUGCGAGGGUUUCAUUGUCAAUGGCGUCAUCAACAUCAUCAUCGUCACUUUGGAAAAACGGUACGAGCUUACGAGCCAGAAGUCGGGCAUGAUAGCCUCAGCUAACGACUUUGGAGCUGCUGCUUUACUGAUACUUGUGGGGUACCUUGGGACUUAUGCAAACAAACCUCGUCUGAUGGCAGCAGGCAUGUUUUUGAUGUCUUUGGGGUGUCUUGUAUUCUCACUGCCGCAGUUUAUUGGAGAUGAAUACACUUACAGCAUAUCAAGUACAACGGCCAAUUCAUCGGCAAAUGUUUGCUCUGCAUCCAACUCUAGUACUGGAUCUUGUUCAGAAACGAGUCCAAAAAAGAACUACGAGGGUUACUAUUCUAUGCUCCUGCUUGGGAACGCUCUUAUUGGUAUAGGGGCAGUGCCGUCAUUUACGUUAGGUCUGACGUACAUUGAGGAAAACAGUAAAGUCAGGAGCUCGCCAUUCUACUUUGGAUGCACGUUUUGCAGUGCGGCUGUCGGUGUAGCAGUGGGGUACAUUGCAGGGGCACAGACUCUCUCCAUAUUUGUCGAUGUUGAUAAAAUCGACACCAGCAAUGUGUCGUUAACCCCAUUUGACCCCCAGUGGGUAGGGGCAUGGUGGAUCGGCAUCCUGGCUGGGAUGGGGGGAUUCCUCUUAGUUUUGCUUCCAAUAGUUGGGUACCCAAAAAGACUGCCAGGUUAUGAUGAAUUGCAGAAGGAGAAGAUUUCAGAAGCUCAGAAUAAUUCACAGAAAAUAUACAAGGAAGAAGAAAAUUUUGGCAAAAGCUUUAAACAUCUCCCCAGAUCCCUUUGGCUUUUGGCAAAAAACCCGGCUUUUGUUUUCAUUAUUCUUGGAGGAACUGUGGAAAUCUUUAUCAUCGGGGGACUAGCAACGUUUGGUGCCAAACUGUUUCAGGAAUUUUUUAACAUUGACAUAUAUGAAGCGGGAAACUUGAUGGGUUUUAUCACGGUUCCCGGGUCGGCGGGAGGAAUGCUGUUCGGGGGUUACAUAGUGAAAAAGUUCAACCUGAAAUGUCGAGGAAUUAUUCGCUUCAGCUGCGCAUGCCUGUUCCUAUGCAUGUGUCUUGGUCCAUCGUUUCUCGCCAGUUGUCCCAGUCAACCAAUAGCUGGAGUAUCAACGUCUUAUCCAACCACUAGGGAGUCGUCUUUCAUAUCCUCCUGUAACUCGGACUGUGACUGCAGCACGGCGGGGUACGAGCCUGUCUGUGAUCAAAACCAGACAGUCUACUUCUCCCCGUGUCACGCCGGAUGUUCCGGUGUCAGCGACGUCAAUGGAACCAAGAUGUAUAAAGGUUGUUCCUGCAUUAACCGCACGGCCUUGUCGAUGACCCUGACAAGCGGCACGUGUUCGGACAGAUGUUCUUGGUUUUAUGUCUUCUGUGUGCUGUUGUUUUUGAUGAUGUUUCUGACGUUUUCCACAAUGUCGCCUACACUGACCGCCAUGUUUAGAUGCAUACCCCCUCAACAGAGGUCACUUGGAAUUGGAAUCCAGCUGACAUUUGGAAGAUUGCUAGGUACCACACCAGGACCAAUCUUUCUGGGCGCCAUAUUGGACAGUACCUGCUCAGUAUGGCAGGAGAGCUGUGGUGCUAAAGGGAACUGUUGGAUUUACGACAAAUGGCCACUGGGUAUUCGCCUGAUGUUGUGGUGGAUGGGCACCAAAGUAGUUGGGUUUAUUCUUCUUCUUAUCGCUUCCUUCGUCUACAAUCCGGAGGUGGUUAAAGAAGAAGACGAAGUAGAAGUGAGGAAUGAGAAAACGGAGAAAUCAGCGAUAGAUAACCCUGUUUUUAGCAUUCUUGAUGAGAAUAGUUACAAUACAAAAAUGUGAUGGUAAUGUUAUUUGAGAUGUUGCUGACGACAAGAAAAUGUUGAUUAAUUGAAAUUAAUUUUAGUGUCGACACAUUAGAAAUGUUAAUGGAUAUAGUACUCAUGUAUAUCAAAAAUCUCCUUUUAUAAACACCGCACUGUACGAAAAUAUAUUUUGAAUGCAUGUGUUCGUUACAUUCGAAAUUUUUAGGUCACGUGAGUCACUAAGGUUACCUAGUGCAAUUGGUCUUCGUCCGUCGUCGAGCGUCGUGCGUUAACAAUUUUACAUUUUUAACUUCUUCUUAAAACUACAAGGCCAAUUGUUACAAUUUUUGGUAUGAAGCAUCUCUAUGGUAUGAAGAAUCUAAAUUGUGCACUUCAUGACUCUACCACCCAUGGGGUGCCAGGGUUGGGGCCAAAUAUGCAAUAAAAGCCAAAUUUUCAAAAAUCUUCUUCUCUACUCCCAUAUAUAAAAGGAAAUAACUGAAUGCAUGGUUAAAACCCCCAUGAAGCCCUCUACUAAAAUUGUGAAAUUCAUGGCCCAUGGGUCAGGGAUCAGGCUCUAGGGUGGGGCCACUUGGGCCAUAAAGUGAAAUUAUUAAAUCUUAGAAAAUCUUCUUCUCUUCUCCCAUAUACAUUUGAAUUAAACUAAGUGCAUGGUUAUGAUGUCCACUGACUCCUCUACCUAAAUU